GUGUUGUGUUUUCUCGCUUUGCUGUUGAGUGUUGUCUCUUUGUGUGUGACAGCUGAGGCGACUCCUUCUCUUGCAGUUGAUUCUGGUGGUCCUUGUCCUGCAGGUACUGAACCGUCUGCUGACGGUAAUAAUUGCUCGCCCACUCCUGCUGCUGUUGGUACUCCAACACCAUCUCUUCCACACCCUGGUGGUGAUGGUGAUGCUUGUACAACUGCGUCUACUAGUUCAGAGUGUCCUCGUAUUACCAGUGAACGUGAAGGUGCUCUUACUGAUUGUAAGGAUUCAUCGGAGACGGAAGGUUGCAUU